AUGUUUUUAUUAAUAUUUGGUAUAUGUAUUUGUACACUUAUUAUAAUCGGCUGGAAAUUUAUUCUAUCAUCACAACGAAUAGAUCAACAACAGGAUAUAUCAAAUAUUGUAGAACAGUCACAUAAUUUAACACUAUCCGUCGAUGAUGCCAUUCGACAUGAUGUUGAUGAUGAUGAAAUACAAUCGUCAUCAACAAAAAUUACUUGCGAUUCAAAUGACAACAAUGUUGUUCGAAGUAUUCUAGAAUUUUUACCAGAUGAAAUUCUAUUAGAUAUUAUUAGUUUUCUAAAACCAUAUGAUAUUUAUCAUAGUCUAUAUAAUCUUAAUAAUCGUUUUAAUUCAAUAAUUAAUGAUUUUCAACUUAGUUUACAUUUGGACAUAUCACAUAUAUCAAAAUAUGAAUUUAAUUAUUGUCUUUCAUCAAUAUUACCAUUACCAUCUGUUCUAUUACGUUUACAUUCAUUACAUAUAUCAAAUGAUGAAACUUAUGGUGCUAUAGCAUUAUUUAUACGUCAAUAUCCAUGUUUAAAUAUUCCAUCACUUCGUUCACUUUCACUUACUGAUGCAACAAUAUCACAAAUAAAAUUUCUUUUUCAAAAAUUAUCUAUAAAACUUGAACAUAUAUCAAUUGUAACAAAUCGAACAAUAGAUAUGAAUGAUAAACGAUUAUUAUGUCAAUUAUUAUUAAAACAUAAAACACUUCGUUCAUGUCGUUUAUCAUUAUGUGAUGGUGUUGAUUGUGAUGAAACAAUUUUAAAUAAUUCAAUAAAUAAUCAACUUGAAAAUAUAAUUAUUGAUUUAUCAUAUUUUCAAAAUAUUCUUACACUUUUAUCUUAUAUACCAAAUGUAAAACAAUUAACAAUAAAUAUAAAUCAACAAAAAUAUUAUAAUCAAGAUUAUGAUGCAGCUGCAUUUGAUAUUUUUCGUUUAUGUAUUCCAACACAAUUAACUUAUUUUAAUUUAAAUUUACGUUUUUCAAAUGUUGAAUUUGAACAUAUUGAACAAUUAUUAAAUUGUUUAGUAAAUUUAAAACAUCUUUGUUGUUCAUCAUUUCGUGUUGAACUUGUCGAUGGUUAUCGAUGGGCACAAGUACUUGAACGUCUACCAUUAUUACGUCGUUUUGAAUGUGUUAUGACAACAUAUAUAUAUCAUUCACUUGAUUUAAAUUUAAUUUCUCAAUCAUUUCAAACAUUAUUUUGGAAAGAAAAACAUUGGUCAGUUGUUUGUGAUUAUUUUCAAUAUCUUUCUCGAUUAAUUAUUUAUACAAUACCUUUUUAUAAAAAUUUAUUUACUUCAACAUUAAAUGGUUCUCAAUCAUUGAAUGAAUUUAAUGAUAGAAAUGUUUUACCGAGUAAUGCUUAUGAUAAAGUUACUCAUCUUAAAGUAUCAGUUCAAGGAUUACAUUCAGAUAGUAUACCAGCUCGUAAAUUUCGUUUUGUAACAUCAUUAUCACUUUGUGAUGGUGAAUCUUAUAGUGAUCAUUCAAAUAGUUCACUACUUUCUUAUUUAACAUCAACAAUUGAUUUAACAAAAAUUCGUCAUUUAAAAUUAUAUUCUUUACUAUCUGGUCAUACAUUAUUUUCACUUUUAUGUAAAGCACCAAAUAUAAAUUGUUUAAGUUCAUCAUAUCAUAAUCUUUUACAAAUGAUUAAUGAUUUUGGUGAUGUUUGGUUAUGUUGGUUAUUAAAUAUGAUGAUUAAAAAAUUAACAUUAUCAUAUGGUCGUUUAACAUUAUCAAUUGUUGAUCAAUUUAUUGAACUUUUUUCAAAUAUUGAACAUUUAUCAUUAUGUAUGAAUAUGGAUGAUAUUGAUUUUCAAGAAAUUCUUUUAAAACUUCUACAAAAUUUAACACAUCUUUCAUCAAUUCGUAUUAGUUUAGCUGGAAAAUUAACAGAUCAUUUUCAAUCUCAAACAUUUACAUGGCUUUCAACUAAUCAACAAUUAUAUUCAGAAUUUAAUGAUAAUUUUCUUGAUAUAUGGAUUACAUAG